AUGGAAAUAAUGGAAUCGGUAAUCAAAGAACAAAAUAAUGUCAACAGCAUCAAUAACAAUAACAAAUCAAAAAAAUUAAAAUAUUCAAUAAAUAAAAUGCUUCAACAAAAAUUUGAACAGUUGAGAAUAGAAUUGAAAUCGAUUUUCAACGAAGUAGAAAAUUUGAAAAAAGAUAUCGAGAUAAUCAUUAAAAAAGAUAUAGAGAUAAUAAUUAAUAAUAAAUUGAAAGAAUUCAACGAGAUUAAUAAUAACAAUUUUGAAAUUUUGAAAAUGGAAAUAUUAAAGAUCAUCGAUAAAGAGUUGAUUGAAUAUAAAAUAAUUGUUAAUAAAAUAAUAGAGAGACAAAUUAAUUUAAAAAAUAACACAAUAAACGAUGACAAUAACGAUGAUAGUAGUGGUUCUGAAACUUGCGACGAGUUGGAAAAUAUUAAAAAAGAAAUUAUAAAAAUUAAAAUAUUAAUCAAAUUAAUUAUAAUGUUUGUCAUAGCAUUAAUUUUAUUAAAUUUUAUUAUAAUGUUUAAAGCCAAUAAUAACUUUAUCAGGAUAUCCACUGAUUUUCUACCUUCACCUUUGUAA